AUGUUCACUUCGUUCCGGCAAGGAGCUGAUGCGGUCGAACAGUGGGACGGUGAGUUACAACAAUCUAGACUUUGCCUUUGGUCGACGAAUGGAUCGCGUCGAUGCACGCCGUUCGGUCCGCAGCUCGAGCCCUGUCCGUCACCGGUGACUGAUGGUCAGCCUCGGUCCAUCCCCGUCAGAUACGCCCUCCUAUGUCCCGGGGCGCUUUCAUGCCCACGUCUUGCCCUCUCCGACGACGUCCCAUGGAUUCCCGAGCGGUCCUUUGGCCUCGACUUCGACGACCGGAUCGCCCCUCUCUCGCGCACGCUCACCCCCGCCAGCGCUAUCGCCGAUAGCGCAACGUUCCAAGCUGUCCAACUCGAUCCGCGCAGAACCGGACCACUCGACGCGUAAAGGCCGAUUAAUUGCUGCUCUUGCUCCUCGGCCACCGACUCGCUUCGCCUCACCCCCGCCUCCAGCCAGCUCUAUCCCCCCGAAAAGAUUUGCUUCGACGUCCCGGGCUCCACAUCCAAGCUCGGCGCUCGAAUCGGACCCGCUCUUGCCUUCCGCAUCGACCCCAACGGCACGGAGCUCCGCCAGACGGCCCGAUCUACCACCUUCCGAAAGAAGUGAUCCGAAUUUCCUGGGCCGUCCGCGACCCGGUGCCAAGGUGCUAUCACUGCCCGGAACGUCUCCAUCGCGAGGCCGUCUCUUUGAUUCCUCAACACCGGAGCACGACGAGACGUCCUGGCUCUUGCUGCGGCCUAGUCAACGUAGGGUCGAGGCAUGGCUCGAAUACUGGUACAAAAGAUGGGCCGUGCUCGUGCUGUUCCCGAGUCUGAUCGUCUGGAUCUGGUGCGCGAUGCCGUUCCCUGUGAGCGACCCGUACAAGGAGACGCCGCCGUGGAAUCUGCCCUGGCCGGAACAGCCUCCGAUAUCGAACGGUUCUGCGAGCGUUCACAAGCCGUUUGAUUGGACGUUCGGCGGAUGGAUGGGGAGGUCAGCUGGGCAGAGCGUGGGCGUCGGCGGGAUAAUAGAGAUUCAGAGAGAGGAGAGAGCCUCGGUGCGAUUGCACUUUGUCGAGCAGCCUGGUAUUCACAAAGAUGUCGCGACAGAAGAGAGGUUGAGGGUUGAGGGACGCAGCGCCGGAUGGAAGGACCCAUCUUUGAAUAGUGAAGACUCGCCGUCGAUUCCGAUAGACCCACCAGGGGGUGAUCCCACCGAAGAGCUCCCCGUCGACGCCAAUUUCUACUUUUUCCUCUUCGUCUGUGAGUGCGCCAUCCAUUCCAUCUCAGAUGUAACUUGAUCGCUUAUGCAUAACUUUUGAGACUUGAAGACUAUGGGAUCUAUCUCGCCGUCGCGUUGAUAUUUGUGACCAAACUGUUUGACCUUUGUAGGACGCCUCGCCCCUAUAGCUCCGAACGCCCAUCCGAUCUCUCUAACUUCUCGCGGUCUCACCCUAGAUCGAUUGAAUUGGUGGCCGUCGUCCCUUGGUGGAUCCUUCUCCUACCUCUUCUUUUGGAGCCUGUCGCUCCUCAUUGGCUUUCUCCUCCAUCACUGGAAUCUCGAUGGCCUGGGUCGGCGCUCUCGUCAAGGUUCCGAUCGGCCGCCGUCUGAUCAAGACUCGUGGGACUGGGAGCGCAAGACGACUUGGGUCGCGCUUGCGUUCUUCUGCAUGACUUUGCCGGCACUGGCAUGCUUCAUCAAGCUUCGUGCGGACCGAAGACAGACUUGGCGGAGGAGUCUGACGGUCGCCCAAAAGACAUUCUUGGAACGGCAGCUCAUCCCCAGGAUGCCGAGGUCGUAUAGGCGAUUCCUGUGGUUCCUGACGACGCUGACAAUCUCGCUUUUCGCGCUGAUCAUUGGUCAAGGCUUUGCGACGAUAUACCUCUCGACGCUACCUCAUAGCAACAUCGACGGUCUCGUAUAUGGUGAGCGUGGAUUGAUAGUCAAAACAGGACCGAAACUGACGUUGAAGGAAGAUUGCGCUCGACAGUCUGGACCUGGAUCGUGACCGUGCAGAUCCUCAAUGCAACGAGCAACUUUAUCCUGCAACGCAAAGUGCGAUCUCGCGCCCUCGUCUUCGUCUUCCGUUACUACUACUACCUCGUCUACGGAGUCUUCUAUCGUAGUCUGUUCGCUCGUCUCCGGUCGCCGAACCAAGCCGUCUACAUACAACUUCUCUCGUCCUCCUUCGUCAUCCUGUGGUACCCCCUGUCGAUGUGCCGACCUUUUCACUCGCUGCUCAAACUCGUCACGGGUUUGACGCAAGAAUACGAUGAGUAUGCCGAGGACGUGGGGACGAGUGAGUCGACCAAUUUGAUCCUUAUCCUUGCUGUAGGCAACACUCAUGUUGACAAGUGGUGUCACUGGUCGAGCAGUGCUGUACCUGCGCAAUCUGUCCGAGAACGUCACCAGUAAGCGAACCCUCCUGAUCCUACUUCGCCCUCUUAGCUGACCGAACAACCUUGUUCCGCUCUUAGUGGUAGCUUUCCUUGGUUGGGUAAGUGUUCACCUGCGUCUCAGUCGCAAUUCGUCGAGCCUUGAGCUGAACGUAGCGAAUCCUUGCCAUUCCUUAGCUCACCAUCCUGCACUUCGGCCCGAACAAACAAAUUUACCCCUACUUCUCCUUCGAGUCCACGGACGACUCGUAUACCUAUGAACUCACCGCGACCGCAUCGCUGAUUAUCUGGGCGACCGAACUUGGAUGUACGUGUCUUGCAGUGUCAACUCGGACCACCCCUGGGGAUUAACAGAUCUGCAUGCUUCCUUGUCUGCAGCGAGCUUCGUUGCUCGCCAAGUCAUCUGGAUCAUCUACGGUUUGGAUGUGACGAACGUGAGUAGGAGACGAGCAGGUGUACGCUCUGUUCGCUGGUUGACGUAUCAAUCCUUCGGAUCGGAAAAAGCUUGGAUUGGAUGCUUUUCGAGAGCUGGUCAGUUGGAGCACACAUGCUUGCGAGGAUCCAUGGUCAGACAUUCCGUCGCUCACGCACAUCUGUCUUUCAUUGACAGCCCGAACUGGUCGUUGCGUGCUUUUGGACCAGUAUCCACGUCCUGAUGGAUAUGCUCCUGUAGGUUCUUUCAGCUUGCCAUCCUUUCAAGAAGCAUCCCCUGAUCAUGCUCGAUACCACUUGCAGCUUUUUGGUCAAGCUCAAUUUCCGAUGAGCUGCCUCCGAACCUUUCUCUUGGUUCUUGCGUGCAAAGCACCACGUUGUACCUAUGUCAACCUUAGCUCCAUAUCGCAUCUUGCAACUUUUGUAGAAAAUUGUAUUCAGUUUCCCUUGAGACCUUGGCAAAGGCGAUCUUGACCCGAGCCUUAUCGAGGGCGACGUAGUGAGCCGCGGCCGCGGCGGAACAAUGAUCAAAGCGCCCCCGGGCCGGUCUCCGCAUCUCUCGUGGCGGCCCUGAGCCCCACAUGUUUCUUUCCCCAAUACCUCUCAAGCGGCCAAACCCUAUCAACGAGAUACACCACCUCAAGUGAUACAAAUGGCUACGGAACGAGUCUCAAUUUGCGUCGUCGGAGCCGCGGGCCUGAUCGGGUCGAGGCACACAACACUGGCACGAAGGGCAGUGUCGAGCUACCUCAGUUGAACGUUUGGCAUUACGAGAAGGGGGACGAGGGGUGUUGGACCGACGAGUUGACAAAGGGGGAGAGGGCAUCGGUGGAGGAUGUACCGCCUUUUACGAGCCAGUUGAAGAACUUUGUUGGGGUGUGUAGGGGCCAAGAGGCACCGGGAUGUUCGGCGAGCGAUGCGAUGAGGACCAUGAGAACGAUGGAGGCACUUCUGCAAAGUGCUCAAACUGGCCAGCCGGUAGUACUUGGAGAUGGAACUCAUUAA